UUCAUAUGCUGUGCCGCUUAUCGCGCCAUUCGGCUUUACACAGCUUUUGGUGUGCGUUUGCUUUUAACAUCAUCCGUUCUUCUUUUCGUUUUCAACAUAUUCUACAUAAGCAUAACUCCUGUGUAGCAGUAUUGGUGUCAUUCGUAUACGCGUCCUAAAAAAAGCUGCCAAAUUUGCCGGGCCAAUCACAAAACCACCGGCAUACCAAAAUUCGAUAUCACCAACUCAACCAUCGGACCGAUGAGUCAUCGUACGCAAUGUACGGUUCACGACGAUUUAGAUCGCCACUCCAAGCCCGGACUGUGUUGUUACUACUAUUGCUAGCCAGUACGCAAUCGAUUCAAGCACAGUUCACUAAUCAACCGGAAGAAAACAACCAAUUGUUACACACCAUGGCCGAUAGCAACAAUCUCGAUGCGCAGUUUGUCGGACAGUCGAACAGCUUUGCCACCAAGCUGUACCAGAAAAUAAGUGCACAAAAUGCCGGAGAAAAUGUGGUCAUUUCACCGUUCUCGAUCAGUGCGUGCCUUUCACUUGCCGCGAUGGGCGCAUCGGGCCUUACCGAGGAAGAGAUGUAUUCCGUGCUGGAGUUCGGCACGCCGAAGGAAAAGCAAACAGUGGCCGACAAUUAUCGUCGCCUGAUGGCACGGCUCGCUACCGACAGUACGGUGAAUGUGGCGAACAAAAUUUACGUGAUGCAAAACUAUGCCGUCAAGAGCACGUUCAAUGCAAUCGCCACGGACAGCUUCCAGUCGGAGGCGGAAGCGGUCAACUUUGCGGAGAGUGCAGCUGCCGCCAAAAAGAUAAACGGUUGGGUGGAGGGCAAAACGAACAACAAGAUAAAGGAUCUCAUUUCGCCGGAUGCAUUGGACGAGCUGUCACGGAUGGUGCUGGUCAAUGCGGUCCAUUUCAAGGGUACGUGGACGUACCAGUUCGAUCCGAGCCUGACGCGUCCGAUGCCGUUUUGGUUGAACGAUAAAGAGUCGCGCAACGUGCCGAUGAUGAACAUUAAGAAACAUUUCGCAUACAACAACUUCGAACAGCAUGGCUUUUCCGCGCUGGAACUAACGUACGGUGGCAGCGACAUGACCAUGCUGAUACUGCUGCCGAACGGACGUAUGGGGCUGGCCGCGCUGGAAGAAAAGCUGCCCACCCUUAAUCUGGCCGAACUGACCACCCAAAUGCACAAGCAGGAAGUGGAAGUUUUUCUGCCCAAAUUUAAGAUUGAAUUUUCACGCGAUCUAAACGAGGAUCUAAAGGCGCUCGGUAUGGGCAGAAUGUUUACUGAUUCGGCCGAAUUUCCCGACUUGUUGGAACAGAACGAACCGCUCAAAGUGUCCAAAGUCGUCCACAAAGCGUUCAUCGAGGUAAACGAGGAAGGCACGGAAGCAGCUGCAGCCACAGGCAUGAUUAUGGCGACUUUCUGUAUGAUCAUCUCCGAACCAGUGAAAUUUGUAGCCGAUCAUCCAUUUAUUUACGCGCUAAUGUCGCCGGAAAAGAGUGUCUUUUUCAUUGGAAAAGCAUGUAAAAUGUUAUAAAAUAGUUUGUAUAUAAGUUGCGGAAGUCAAUUUUGAGAAGCAAUGUUCUAACUGCAGCGAGCAAGUACACGCAAAGAGUGGGACUACUUUUUUGUGAAAUUAACUUAUAAAACAAUAUGCGCUAAAAUUAAAUCAAUUUCAAAACGUAAUGUACUCAACUAAUUUAACCAAAAAAAAACACGCUUUGUGUUUAUUUUUAUCAUUCAUACAGCUAUGCUCAUAAUGACCUGCUCGAUGAUAAUACCCAUGUCCAUAACAUUUGCGGCAGAUCAUCCCUUCCUGUACGCGUUGCGUGAUUCACAAGGAACAGUUUUGUUUAUGGGUAAAACGGUUAAAG